AUGUCUACCAGCCUGACCACUUGUGAGUGGAAGAAAGUCUUCUAUGAGAAGAUGGAGGUAGCGAAGCCUGCCGACAGCUGGGAGCUCAUCAUAGACCCCAACCUCAAGCCCAAUGAGCUGGCCCCUGGCUGGAAGCAGUACCUGGAGCAGCAUGCCUCAGGCAGGUUCCACUGCUCCUGGUGCUGGCACACCUGGCAGUCGCCCCACGUGGUCAUCCUCUUCCACAUGCACCUGGACCGGGCCCAGAGGAUGGGUUCAGUGCGCAUGCGCGUCUUCAAGCAGCUGUGCUACGAGUGCGGCACGGCGCGGCAGGAGGAGUCCAGCAUGCUGGAGGAGAACAUCGAGAGCCUGGUGGACAACCUCAUCACCAGCCUGCGUGAGCAGUGCUACGAUGAGGACGGUGGCCAGUACCGCAUCCACGUGGCCAGCCGCCCAGACAGCGGGCCGCAUCGCAGUGAGUUCUGCGAGGCCUGCCAGGAGGGCAUUGUGCACUGGAAGCCCAGCCAGAAGCUGCUGGAGGAGGAGGCGACCUACACCUUCUCUGGUGCCUCUAAGCCUAUGCCUCAGGAGGGCUCGGGCUACAGCUUCUUCUCUCUCCGCUGGUGCCUCUUCUGGGCCUCUCUCUGCCUGCUCAUUGUCUACCUGCAGGUCUCCUUCCGCGGCUCUGUCUUCCUUUAG